ACUGUACUUAGUUAUUUAUUUAUCAUUGCAGCUCAAGUCAACUUACUUGGCACUGUACUUUUGCCGUCGGCCACAUCGGCGCAUCGAACCCCCGUCUGCCUCCCCGGGCAAGAAAAUCAAUCAUCGCUACCGUUGCUUUGAUCGCCGGAGCUAUUCGUACCCUCGUCGGCAUACCGGACGCAAACAUUUCCUGGAGACACCUUGGUUGUGACAGUAAAGGACCUGCCUCCAAGCCCUUGUACGGGGUAGCAUAUCGCCACUGUGCGCAUCAUGAUUGGUAGCCAAACGACGAGAAUGAGAUUGACAUUGACAUGACAGCCCUCUCCCCCGACAACACCCUUCCUCUCUCUUCGCCAGUCCGUUAAACUGUCACUGCAACACAGGUAUCCACGAGAACGGGACCGCCCGCUUAUACAGCUUCUCCCAAUGCUGGAGAAGACAGCUGCAAGCCUCGAACCAUGCGGCCUUCAGCGAGUCCUCCCCGUUGCGACAAACUCUUUCAGGAGCAGGAGACAGCUUCAUACUGCCUUUUGGCAGCAUGGAGCUGCCGAUGUUGAGCUCUCCAAUGCUUGGCAGCUCCUAAUGCACGGAGUCUUGGACUCCGGCAUAGACACUGCCGCCACAACUCCAAAUCUAGAUCCGAAUCCAGAUUCAAACUCCUCUCCCAGUACCUGCGAUGUCAGGCAUCCCGCUUUGCGCGCUUCCAGCUUCCUGCUCGACUUCCUAUACCCGACUGGCACCGCUGCCUUCUUGCGCCGUUUCAGCCCAGUGUUCUCCGAACGCUUAGAUCUCUACACACCCCCCUCGACAUUUGCCAAAGUCUCUCCUCGCUUGUACAGCUCCUCGGCCGCUAUGCAGGACCCCGAAACCCACGAUAAUGUAGCCGUGGGCAGCGCCGCAAAGCAACUAGAAAUGGCGGCCGAGGCAGCACGGGCCAUUCGCGAGAAGGGAUUGUCUGAGAGGGAAUUGGCCGACAUCUUCGAGGUAGAGAAAAGCGAUCAUCUAGAAAAACUCAUGGUACUCUUGGUUUCCGACAACCCCGAGGACGCCGAUAAAGUCUGGUUCCACUACACCUCCUUGGACGGACACUCAAGGCAACUAUACCUCGGUCAGACGCUCGUCUUCCUGUCCAAGACGGGACGGGUCACUGAUUCCUGGAAAAUAUCUGAGCUCUUCAGCCAGCUUGAUUCCAGCCGCUGGGACAGCUACUCCUUCGUGGCAGGCCUCGACGCCGAGAUGGACUUGCAAAACAUCAAACGGGCGGAAGACAUCUUCAUCCAAGGUUUGGAGAAUGUCAAUAUAGACCGCCGUUCUUUAGUGGACGCUUUCGACAUAAUGCUUACCGCCGCGUUGAAGUCGCCGUCCAAGGAUCAGCUGCUUGAUAUUUGGAAGCAUUACGACAAGAUGGUGGCACGCUUCAACUUCGAAGGCAUUACCAGCUUGCUGACCCGCGUGCGCUCAGUUCCGGAUCUGCCAGAUCUUGUCAUCAAGUUCAAGCCAUAUUUCAAACAGGAGAAGGGCUCGAAACGGAUCGAUUCUUUGAAGAAACUGCUCGUGAGGCGAGCGCUGAUGGUCUGCUCAGACAACCAGGCCUUGACUUUGCUGCGCAUGACAAAUGAUCACCUCGCUUACGAAGAGUUCAUUCGCAGCUCAAGACCUGAAUCGAAUGCUCGCAUGUUGUUAUUGACAAAGAUCUACAAGAUCUAUCGGGAUCUUCCACAAAGUUGUCCUAGCCAUCCGGUCUUACACAUCAUUUUUGGUGCGUACAAGUCGAUGCGUGCCCGAGAUAUCAAGUUUCCUGGCAUGGAGAUGCUCUGGGGCGACUGGCAUACCUUCCACAAGAGCCCUACCGCGCACGCCUUUAAGAGCUUUAUGGCUUUUUAUGCAACAGCCGGGAGCAAAUCGCACGUCUACGCACUCUGGAAGGACUACCAAACCCGAGGAGAAACAAAUAUCCAGUCCCCGGAAACCUUUACGUAUCUCCUACAAGUGCACGCUGUUAGAGGGGAGUUGCUCGAGGCUCGUCAGAUUUUCGACGAUAUAUCCACGAAAUUCCGGCUGGUACCAAACCGUUAUUGUUGGACCAUCCUUCUUAACGCACAUGUCCAAGCUGGCGACUACGGCGGUGCUUUAAAGACGUUUGAGAAGCUUUGUGAGGCUCUAGGUGAUAUGGAUCACGUCAGUGUCGGCACCAUAAUGAGAAUGACGGCAGAUCGUGGAGAUCUAGGUCUCACCGUCGACAUCUAUCGUCGAGCACGCCGUCACCAUGUGAUUUCCGGUAACAUUCCGAUUCUCUGCUGUUUAAUCGAUGCAUACUGCCAAAACGACCUUUUCGGUGAAGCAGAGGCUCUAUGUGUGCGUGCUGCCGGCAAGGGACUGAAAGAACCGCGGCUGUGGAAUAGGGUACUGAAUGCAUAUGCCCAUCGCCGCAAUCUAGCCGGCAUCAACGGCCUCCUAGGCCGAAUGACGGAGUUGGAUGUGCCCUACAAUGAGUACACAUAUCAAGAACUCCUGACCGGGCUUGCUCUGUGCAAGCAGUCUCAACAUGCUCUGCAUCUAUUGGCUGUUGCCAUCCAAGACGGCGCGUUUGAGGUGAACGAGGGGCAUUUUCAUACCAUUAUGGGAGCUUUCAUCAAAACUGGCGAAUCUGAUCUAGUUGUCAAAAUGCACAAGUUGAUGCAGAAGUGUGGCUUCAAGGAGUCGGCGGACAGUCUCGUUGCGCUCGUGACGGCCUUUAGCCAGUGGUCGCGGCUGCCACACAAGCGCAGAAGAGGUCAACAUUCACAAGAGACUCUUCUAGGUGCAGCUUUGCGUCGGUUUUACAGGGUCUACGGUAUUCGGAAUGCGGAUAAGAGGCACCCAGAGAAGGCCCAACCCUCAAGCCAACCAGUCUCGGCUGACAGGCUAUUGAGAGGAGAUAAGCAAGCCUUCCACUUCAGCCGAUUGAUCUAUAUCUUCACGCAAAUGAAGGACUAUGUUAAGGUGCAAGAACUCGUCGACAUGUACCGAUAUGUGGCAUACGGUGAUACCCAAUCCUCCGAGCCGUUACCAAUCAAAAUUCUCAACAGCAUUAUGUGGGCCGACCUCUUUGAGAAGAACUACGAAUCUCUCCGCCAGACCUGGGGUAUGAUGUUCAGUAUGGCUCAAGAGGGAUCGCUGUCGCCAGAGUGGUCUGAACGCCGCCCUCAUACCCAAAAGGUAUCCUCGCGCUUUCGUUACAUCCUGAAUGACGGCCUCAAGGUCAUGCAGACCAUGUACCUCCAACAGGGCGAUCCCGUAGCCAUGCAAAAACUCUUCGAAGAGGUCCGGCUCGCUGGCUUUGAGGUCGACUCCAAAAACUGGAAUCUGCACGUCCAAGGUCUCGUUCAGUGCCAUGCAUACAAGGAGGCAUUCGAAAUUUGCGAGAAGUGGCUCAUGCCGAACUGGACAGGAUGGGCCAAGGCCCGCCAGCGGGAGAACAUGAAGAACGCCGUGCCGUUGGAUCUGAGGCGAAAAGGUCAAUGGCCCAGGUAUUUGCGUCCAGUCUCCCACACGCUGUACUAUCUGGCCAAGGGCUAUCUGGAGCUCGACAAGAUGGCCCCUUGGUCCGGGGAGGCGGCUAAGAUCAUGAAGGACGUACAACAGGACUGCCCUCGAUGCUUCAGGGCGAUUUCUAGCAUGAGGCGGGUAGGAACCAAUCUGGAGCACGAGAUUCUAGGGGAUGAUAUAUCGAAGCUACUCGAUGCGGAAGACGGCGACGAUGAGGCGGCGCUCGAUGAAGAAGAAGAAGAACAAGCGUAUGGGAGCGACGGCGACGGUGCUCCUUCCGAUAUCGCGGAGAGCGCAGACGAGUACCCUUCGCUUGCAAGUGGUAACGAGGUUCUCGAGGACGAGAAUGUGGAGGUGUGGCGGUAGCCAAUUUGCAGCUGGACGUGGCACGAGGUUAGAAGCUGCUCUGUACAUAUUAUGACUAUUACUACUGUGUACCAAUAUCUGUAUCUAGAACUUGUGUAGAGAGGCCUGCAUCUUAUAGACUUGGAAGGGUGCCAGUUUCAUAUCUUGUAUCCUUACAAUUUCAAGGUUGGCUAGCAAGAAGCCUUGAGUUUUUUAUUUUAUUUUUUUAUUGUAGCACUUGACUGCUUCAUA